CGAAACUACAGUACUAUCUAUCUACUACUACAACUACUUACUACUCGUGUCCGUACGAGUAUAGUUCAACUCCAGGAGAAUCGCGAGUGCAUACGCUCUGCUAGACGCAUCCAUCAUCGAGACUAUCCCGGUCAUUCCGGCCUCCCCUCCGCGCAAUGGCAGCGCAAUUCGUCUGAUCUGCAUCCAUAUCUAGAAUACACUCAUUCAUUCUCCGCGUCUGUCAAUCGCCUUGAAAGCAACUCUCCACGGAGUAGGAGAAAAGACCACCUAUCCCGCGCCAUUAAGGCACCGCAUACCCGUUCCUCUAUAUUUGAAACACUCAUAACAAUCCAACACCAUGUGGAUUCUUCCUCUCCUAGGCUACCUAGGCGUCAUAGUCGGCUUCGCCUUCCUUACUCUAGCCAUAGCCUCCGGCCUAUACUACCUCUCCGAACUAGUCGAAGAACACACCGUCCUCACGCGCCGUCUCCUCUCCCGGUUAAUAUACUCGAUAAUCAUCAUCCAAUCCCUCCUCUGGCUCUUCGAUGGCUUCCCAUUCCUCCUAUCCCUCCUCAGCAUUAUAUCCCAUCUCGUCUACGCCAGCAACCUCCGACGCUUCCCGAUCGUUAAGCUGUCCGAUUCACUCUUCAUCCUCUCUUGCGCGUUGGUCGGGUUGAAUCAUUGGCUUUGGUUCAGGCAUUUUUCGAAACCGAUAGUUCCUCCAGCUAGGGGACCGGGGUCGUGGAGACAGCCGUAUUAUCAGCAGCACGUGGUGGAGGAUAUGCCUACUUUUACGGAGAUUGCGUCGUAUUUCGGAUUGUGUGUUUGGCUGGUUCCCUUUGCGCUGUUUGUGAGUUUGAGUGCUGGGGAUAAUGUCUUGCCUAGUAUGGGUUCGGAGUAUGCGACCGGUCAGCAUGUCUCCUCUUCUACUGCUGGUGGGUUGGCUGGCAGCGCGGACUCGGGGGAUGGCAAGAAUAAAAAUAAAGGCUUGGCCAAGGCUCUGGUUGAUGGUGCCCGCGCGUGGGUUGCUGAAAACGGAGCAGUUAUGGGGUUUUGGGCGGGCGAUCGGUCUAGGUUUUAAGAGGGUUAUGAUUCAAAUUAUGUAUAGUUCCUUCGCAAUGCGAAAUGAGUUACUCUACUUGCCGUCUCCUAGUAGCUGGUACCGGCUAGACCGGCUAGUCUAUCGUCCAGGAAAGAGAUGGAAU